AUGGCAUCUGCUUGGUGGCCCUGCCUCAUCUUGGCUCUGCUUUCCAGCUUGGCGGCCUCUGGCCUCCCUAGAAGUCCCUUCCGGCUGCUGGGAAAACGGAGCCUCCUGGAAGGGGUGGCCAACAGCAUUGAGGUCUAUAGUACCAAAAUCAGCUGCAAGGUGACCUCCCGCUUUGCUCACAAUGUUGUUACCACAAGGGCUGUCAACCGUGCAGACACAGCCAAGGAGGUUUCCUUUGAUGUGGAGCUGCCCAAGACGGCCUUCAUCACCAACUUCACCUUGACCAUUGACGGUGUUACCUACCCUGGAAAUGUCAAGGAGAAGGAAGUGGCCAGGAAGCAGUAUGAAAAAGCUGUAUCCCAGGGCAAGACGGCCGGCCUGGUCAAAGCCUCUGGGAGGAAGCUGGAGAAAUUCACAGUCUCAGUCAAUGUGGCUGCGGGCAGCAAUGUCACCUUUGAGCUAACCUACGAAGAGCUGCUGAAGAGGCACAAGGGCAAGUACGAGAUGUACCUCAAGGUGCAGCCCAAGCAACUGGUCAAACACUUUGAGAUCACGGCAGACAUCUUUGAGCCGCAAGGCAUCAGCAUGCUGGAUGCUGAGGCCUCGUUCAUCACCAAUGACCUACUGGGCAGCGCCCUCACCAAGUCUUUCUCAGGGAAGAAGGGCCAUGUGUCCUUUAAGCCCAGCUUAGAUCAACAGCGUUCAUGCCCAACCUGUACAGACUCCCUCCUUGAUGGAGAUUUCACCAUCAUCUACGAUGUGAACAGGGAGUCUCCAGCCAACGUGCAGGUAGUCAAUGGCUACUUUGUACAUUUCUUUGCACCUCAAGGCCUUCCAGUGGUGCCUAAGAAUGUGGCUUUUGUGAUCGAUGUCAGUGGUUCCAUGGCUGGUCGGAAAAUAGAGCAGACAAGGGAUGCCCUUCUAAAAAUCCUGGAGGAUAUGAAAAAGGAUGACUACCUGAAUUUCAUCCUGUUCAGUGGAGAUGUGACCAUUUGGAAAGACCACUUAGUUCAAGCCACUCCAGAGAACCUCCAGGAGGCCAGGGAGUUUGUGAAGAAUAUUGAUGAUAACGGAAUGACCAACCUCAAUGAUGGGCUGAUGAUGGGCAUUAGCAUGCUGAACCAGGCCCGGGAAGAGCACAGAAUCCCGGAGAGGAGUACCUCCAUCGUCAUCAUGCUGACUGAUGGGGAUGCCAAUAUUGGUGAGAGAAGAUUUGAAAAAAUCCAAGAGAAUGUGCGGAAUGCCAUUGGGGGCAAAUUCCCCUUGUAUAACCUGGGCUUUGGCACUAAUCUGAACUAUAACUUCCUGGAGACUAUGGCCCUGCAGAACCAUGGGUUUGCCCGGCGCAUUUAUGAGGAUUCCGAUGCCAAUUUGCAGUUGCAGGGCUUCUACGAGGAGGUGGCUAACCCUUUGCUGACGGGCGUGGAGGUGGAGUACCCUGAGAAUGCCAUCCUGGACCUCACCCAGAACAAUUACCAGCACUUUUAUGACGGCUCUGAGAUUGUGGUGGCUGGGCGCCUGGUGGAUAAGGACAUGAACAGCUUUAAGGCGGAUGUGAAGGGCCAUGGGGCCAUCAACGACCUGACCUUCACAGAGGAGGUGGACAUGAAGGAGGUGGAGAAGGCUCUGCAAGAGCGGGACUACAUUUUUGGGAAUUACAUCGAACGGCUCUGGGCCUAUCUCACCAUUGAGCAGCUGCUGGAGAAACGAAAGAAUGCCUAUGGUGAGGAGAAGGAGAACCUCACAGCCCAGGCCUUGGACCUGUCCCUCAAGUACCACUUUGUGACUCCGCUGACCUCCAUGGUGGUGACCAAGCCUGAGGACAACGAGGACCAGAUGGCCAUUGCUGACAAGCCUGGGGAAGGUGGGGACAGAGACUCAGUCCUCUCUUCCUUUGCAUCUACAGCCAGCUCCCAGCAACCUUCAACACCCUACUACUAUGUGGACGGGGAUCCUCACUUUAUCAUCCACGUCCCGGAGAGAGACGAUGCCAUCUGCUUCAACAUUGAUGAAGAGCCAGGCACAGUGUUGCGCCUCAUUCAGGACCCAGUCACAGGCCUCACAGUUAAUGGGCAGAUCAUUGGUGACAAGAAAGGCAGCCCUGACUCCAAGACCAUAAAGACUUACUUUGGAAAACUGGGCAUUACCAAUACUCAGAUGGAUUUACGGAUUGAGGUGGCGACAGAGAAGAUCACCCUGUGGAAUGGGGCUGCACAGAGCACUUUCAGCUGGCUGGACACAGUCGCAGUCACACAGGAUGGGCUGUCUGUGAUGAUCAACAGGAAGAAGAACAUGGUGGUCUCCUUUGGAGAUGGGGUUACUUUUGUGGUUGUCCUGCAUCAGGUGUGGAAGAAACAUCCAGUCCACCAGGACUUCCUAGGCUUCUACGUGGUGGACAGUCACCGGAUGUCAGUGCAGACACAUGGACUACUGGGGCAAUUCUUCCACCCCUUUGACUUUAAAGUGUCUAACAUCCGCCCAAGUUCUGACCCCACAAAGCCGGAUGCCACAAUGGUGGUGAAGAACCAUCAGCUGACCGUCACCAGGGGCUCCCAGAAAGAUUACAGAAAGAAUGCCACCAUCGGCACAAAGGUUGCCUGCUGGUUCAUCCACAACAAUGGGGAAGGACUGAUUGAUGGUGUCCACACUGACUACAUUGUCCCCGACCUGUUUUGA